ACGGACUGGGAAGGGCACCCUUUAUAUUAUUUAGAAAUUAUCAGGGAUUCAAGGAUUAAUGCGAAAGUGUAUCUUAACGAAGACCUAAUUAAAUUAACCGAUCGACCAUGUCCCCGUUGUGUGUCGCAUUUUAGAUAGUACUUUGUAAAACAUGCAUACAGGAAUGUGCAGCUUUUGGGCGGAGACUUGAACCAACAGUAACACUAGGGCAAAUGUAAUGUUGCCUCUUCACAGCCGAAACUUCGCAUCUUUAGCCUACUCUGGCGAUUAGUUUCGAGGUGGCGUGUACUACAGAAUUGUCGCGUUGUUUUUGCCCUCGCUGGAUGGGCUGUGUGUUUGUCGUAGAGAAGAUUCACAAAGGAACGGAAUGUAGAAAGCCUAUCGACAACUCCCUGAAUAGAAAUUUCGGUGCGUGCAGAACGAACCAGAAUCGUGAGUUAAGUAGGCUACUAACACCGAAGCGCGUAUAGUGAACGAUCUCGGAAAAUGUACAUAACCUAUAUAACAUUGUGUCAACAAGUAAUGCUCUAAAGAAGCCUUUAUUCACUUGUAUCGUUUUUAUCAAUGCUUGGGGGGAUGCAUUAGGUUGUUUUGUGGGGAAACGUGUUAUGUCUGGUUUAAUUUCUUCAUUCGCCACUUAUGGAACAAAGUGUCUUUUAUCUUGCCGAUACGGUGGAUAGUUUGUCGGGUUAGAAUCCUGGUGCUGCACUAAAAAGUUCCAAAGGGUGUGAGAUCGUCGUAGAACAACCAUGAGGAACACAGAGGAGGCAGAGGGGUUCGAUGGUGAGGCCUCCAACACGUCCAUGAUUUCAGGAGCUAGCAGCCCCUACCAGCCCACCACCGAACCAGUCCAUUCCAGGAAUGUUCUGGGACAAAUCAGAUGCGACAUGGAGUAUCUCAAGUCCGUCUUUGGCAUGCUAAAAGCCAUUGAAGUGGUCCUGUCCCUCAUCGGCUUCAUUUGCAUCGAGACCAUCAUGCUUUGCCUGCCAUGUGGAGGCGUCUACUUCUUUGAGUUUGUCAGCUGCAGCGGCUUUGUGGUGACCGGAGUGCUGCUGAUCAUCUUCUGCCUAAACCUGCACACCAAGGUCCCUCACGUCAACUGGAACCUCACGGACCUGGUGAACACAGCAGCCAGCACCUUCUUUUUCUUCCUGGCAUCGGUCGUCCUGGCAUCCCUCAACCACAAUACUGGAGCUGAGAUCGCUGCUGUGAUCUUUGGCUUCCUGGUGACGUGUGUGUAUGGCCUAAACACCUUCUUGGCUGUGCGGCGCUGGCGCCUCGGUGAUGGUCGUCAGGGGGCGGUGCAGACCAGCGAGUACCAGCGGGCACGCACCGCCUCCCGUGGUGAGAUGGAGGCACGGCCGGACUUGGCCUGAGGGAGGGACCCGAUGAUGAUGGUGAGGAGUGUUACCAUCGACCGAUCAAGUUGUGGACAUCCUACAAGGGCAGCUGCAUGGGGUCAAAUGUCUCUAACGUUGAAAGACUUCAAACAGGGGAGACAUGCAGGGGAGACAUGACCAUAUAACCUCCUAACCCUGCUGGCCUUAGAACAUGGACCCCUAUGGUUGUCUGAGAGUCCCGACAUUAAGAGAACUAACAUUUCACUUUGAACUAUCCAUCAUUCUCCCCUUUGAACUGGCUGGGUUGGUAUCUAGGAUUAAUGACUGAAUCUCAUAUUAGUUUCCCAUUUAUUUGACCUUGAAUGGGUGUUGUUUAGCUCCACCUCUGCAGCUCUGUGGUAUCCAUGGCUACCUGAGUGGUUUCAACAGUGGAGAGGGAGAGAAAGAGAGAAAGUAGAAUGAGAGAAACAUUUUAUAAUAUAAAUAUAGUUUUGUUUUAGGCUGGGCUAGAAUGGGUUGUUGACAGUGUAGAAGUGUUUUUGGGGGCAGAUACUUGCCCUUUCUGGAGUCGGCUAGUGACAUCUCCCUUCAUAUUUCUGAGGGUUAUCUGUUAUUAAUGUCUGUUGGAACAAUAGGUUUUAUUCAGAUUGGGGUUGCAAUACUGCUACUAUCCUUUUAAAUACUCACAUUAUGAGUGGCUAAAGCAUCAGGUGAGUCAGGUAAGCCUUCCAUUGUGCCAGACAAGAACAAUGGACCACAGAUAAAUAAUUUAAAUGAUUCCAAAUAGUAUGUACCCAGAUCUGGAUUACACAGGAUGCCUCCAAACUGGGGGGCAACUACUCUUUCAUUGGCUAGGAAAUGGUGCCUUCCUUCUAUUUGGCCAGGACAUGGUGCCUUUUUUCUCAUUGGCCAGUUCAUGUGAGAGGACCAAUGAGCUGUCAGAGAACUCUCAGGUUGCAGGAAGACGAAAGUAACUGUGUCACAACUUUGCCUAAACUAUGUUUUAUAUAUAUUGUCAGUUAUGUAAUAACAAUGUACACAAUGUCUGUAAUAUUACUGUAUUCAGCUACAGAUAUUUCCUCUAUUUCUGAAUGCACAUGGUCACCAUGAAGACUGAAGUGCAUAGAUAUGUGUUUUGUUGUUUGUCUUGGUGUUAGUAUUUUUCUAAAUAUGAAGGUGCAUUUUCUUUUUUUACUGUCAUUCCAUUGUGUGUAGUGUCUUGCACAAAUCCUUGCUGCUUAUAGUAAGGAACAGUUCUAAUACCAGUAGUCUCAUACUGAUCUAGAAUCAGAUCCAAUCCCUGAUAUAUUGGUAAUGAACCUAUUCAGAAGUUAUGACUGAUCCUAGAUAACGACUCUUACCCUGGGUAGCCUUGUGAGUAAAGAACACUGAGCUAUUGGACACAUACAGGCCCUUCGCAUUGUCUGGCUCUGUGUUACUACAGGAGCAACACUGAAGAGCUCCCCCUCCUGUUCAUGUGUGGCACUGCUCCAACUCAAGCAAUGUAACCAACUCCAUUCCCUAUCGGAGGACAAAGUGGACCAAGAAUGACUUUUUGGGGUGGGAUGUAACAAAUCAAAACAAAAUGUUUGAUUUUUAUGAACUGAACUGACCGUGAUAACUGUUAAUAAUAAUUGAUGGAUAGACAAGAAUAGAGGAGGUUGUAUUGGAUGAAUAGACAAUCAACUGUUUCUAUUUAUAUUUCAUUGUAAUGAAGAACUGAAUUGGUAUGAAAUGCCUGUGCUUCUCUGUCAUGAAUGCCAUCCCAUAUAUCUAUCAAUACUUUGUACCACAGCCGUGUUAUGUACUGCAUCAUACUAACUCCAAUUUAGAGGGCACUAGCCCUAGGAAAGUUAUCUCUCGCUAGUUGGCUAUGAUGUCAUACAACACAGAUUAAGGUGACAUCUGAUUGGUCGCCUUCAACACUGCAUGGAUGGAAGCUACUAGAAGCGGAUGAUGCGCUGUUAGCAAGUUUGAGUGUGACCAGAGCCUUCUGUUGGAAACAAUUAAAAGGCUCUGUGUAUAACCUUGAAUUGACCUUUAAUGUCAGGCUUGCAGUCCCUUUACAUAUGUGGCCCAAGUGCUCCUUCCACAUGCCUAACAUGGUUUAGUAAAAGUGGAUUUUUGAAGUGAAGUUUUUUUCUUGUAUUCUCUUUUUCAAAUUUCCUCUUUACUUUGUGAGGUGUUUGGUAAAUGAUAGUCAGGUGUUCCCAGAACUGGAGGAAUCAGCCGUCCUUUGUAAAUCUGUAUUUUUUGUAUUUAAAACAUUCUCUACAGAUUAAACAACACUAGUCUAUUUGUGACACUCCUUGUCUUACAUUAAAAUGAUUAGACACUCA